CGCAUCUAGUAAACGUCGACGGCAAAGCCAGAAAGAAUGGCGUGGUUUGCGUCGGGAACGACUAACGACGAGCUGGCAAUGGCCCUGAAGGGUCACGAUAUCAUCAAAACCAAGAAAGUGCUUGACGCGUUCCGCAGUGUCGAUCGCGCCUUGUUUGUUCCACAGACCAUGCUCACCAGAGCGUACAAAGACUAUCCCAUUCGUGAAGGCACCUUACACUUGAGCGCACCGCACAUCUACGCACAGGUGAUGGAAGCGCUGGAACUCCAUCCUGGUGCGUCGUUUUUGAAUAUCGGGUCUGGGAGCGGGUACUUGUCCUGCUUGGUUGGAACUAUCACGGGCAAGGAUGCUAUAAACCAUGGCCUCGAAAUCGACGCCGGCGUUGUGGAAGCUUGUCGGGCUUCGUUGAUGGCCUAUACGUCCGUCAAGCGUCGCCGCGGUCUUGUUCCUGCUCGCAGCAACCAAGACUAUGAUUCGGACGGCGGUGAUGAUACAAGCGAUGUGCCGGAUGAGGACAUGCUGAACGAAGUGCCUCAGGAAGAAGUAGAUGCCAAGGAAGAACAGGCUGCAACAGAAAACUUCAGCGUGUGUAGCAUCGUGUGCGGCGACGUCUUUCGCAUGGAUGUGGCCAAGAACAUGAAAUACGACCGGUGGGUGACACUGCCCUGGCCUACUGGACGUUGGAUUUGUAGGAUUUACGUUGGUGCACGCGCCCCGGACCGCCUGCUCGCCAUGGCGAAAGAGCUGCUCAACCCGUUUGGAAUCGUUGUCGGUCCAUUUGGCGACAAGUUGAUGAAGAUUCGACGCCGCGAAGGCAACCAGUUCUCCGAGCUUGUCCUGGGCAACGUAACGUUUGCUCCCAUGCGAGAAGUCCAUCACAUCAACAACAACAUGUUCUCGCCCGACGAUACGAUUUGCUUCUUUCCACCCCAAGUGUGGACCCCGCAGCGCCACAAGGCGUACCCGCGUCGAUUCAAGGAGGCUGUCAACGUUCUCUUGACAGCUAAUAGCGGCGUGCCGUCGAAUAUUUGGCUGCGUGUGUUUGAAUAUUGCGCGUUUGAAUGGUUCCAAGAAGAACUGAGGGCCGAGGCCAAGCUCCGUGCUCUGCUUGAGAGUACGUAAGUUUUUCGUGCAGCAUGGCGGUGAUAUGUGCCACGUUUAGUUGAGACAAAUGCGCGAGAGGACGCCGAGAAGCGCGCGCUCAAGGCCGAAAACGAACGCGACAAGUUUCGCUUGCUCUUGUGGCGCCAGCAAAACCAGAUCCAGCACCUCAUGGCGAGAUUGAGCCGAGGAGGAGGCCAUCCUGGAGAGCCCCACAACUUGGACGACGAAGACGACGAAAGCGAUGUGGUGGCAAGCGACGUUUUCGUGUCGAGCGACGACGACAUGUCUAGCGAAGAAAGCCUCUAGCGGACGAAAGCCACGGCUGUGUAUGUAUUUGUUCGGAUUGAUUGCAUUCGAGACAGUCUUGAAUUAAAUGAUAACCCCUCGUUUGCGAAAGAACGCAAUGCCGA